GAGUAUCAGAAUUGGUAAGGCUUCUCAUUAAGCUUUCUUUGUGAUAAUUACAGAAUGACUCAAGAUUUUACAGACAAUGGGCUAUAUGUACCCUGAUGAGAUUUUGUGCAUGGACACAUGCUGCUUGCUAUGGCAUCUGAGACUGAAAAAGCCCAUGCUCUUCUCCAGUUGUUCAGCACAGCAUCUGUUAUUUCAAGUCUAGGACUGGGGAUUUUCUGCUAUUUAGCAGAUAAACUUCUACAAUUUUCUUUCAUUCAGCAAACUUACUGGCUGCGGGCAUUGUCCGAUAAUAUGGUGCAUGGUAUUAUAGGACUGUGGUCAUGGGCAAUAGUGAUUGGACUCAAGAAAAAAAGUGACUUUACAGAAGUAAUUUUAGCUGGCUUCCUCUCCUCCGUGAUUGAUAUGGAUCAUUUUAUUCUAGCUGGCUCCUUUUCACUAAAGGCUGCCCUGACUCUCCCACAAAGACCAUUUCUUCACUGUUCUACUGUGAUUCCAGUUGUGUGCCUGAUGUUAAAGUUCCUUAUGCAUCUUCUCAAGCUGAAGGAUUCCUGGUGCUUUCUUCCCUGGAUGAUGUUUAUCUCCUGGACUUCGCAUCAUGUUCGAGAUGGAAUACGUCAUGGCCUGUGGCUCUGCCCCUUUGGAAAGACCGUUCCCCUGCCUUACUGGCUUUAUGUGGCCGUCACCACAACUUUGCCUCAUCUCUGUUCUUUUCUUUUGUAUUUAACCGGAACAAGAGAACUAAUGUCAAUAAAACAUGGGAUUCGUAUUGAUGUGUAAAGAUAUUGAAGAUGGUUCUGUUCUGGAUAAUAAUGUUUUCCUGUUUGUUGAAUUAGGUCAAAGUUGAUGUUACACAGCCUACUGAAACAAAGUUGAUUUCCUGCAGUCACUGCUGUACAAGGUAUUGUGUGACCGGUAGGGGACUAUUUAUUGGUAGCUCUUUUUUU